GAGCUGACUCUCUAAAAAACUCACUCAUACUACUUAAGAAAGUUAAAAUAAAGUCCCGAAAGGCUGUCUGCUUACCUUUCUCAACAGGUCAAAGAAAUGGCCUCGGACAUCAUGGUGGCUGCAGCCCUGGGGCGACCUUUCACCCUAGGAAUGCUUUAUGAUGCUCGGAAAGAUGAACUGAUCCCAGGUUUCAGACUGUGGGACGGUAAAGCUCUACAAGAGAAGAUAGGUGAAAGCCUUCAGCACAGCAGUACAUUCGAAAUUUCGGUAUCUGACUCCAUUGAAUCCAAGUCCUCUCUGCUGAAGGUUGAUGCUUCUCUGAUGGCAAGUUUCAUGAGUGGACUGUUUGAAGUCGAGGGAUCUGCUGAAUACCUGAAUGACAAGAAGAAAUUCAAGAAUCAGAGCAGAGUGACGUUUCAGUAUAAAGCUACCACCCACUUCAAGGAGCUCUCGCUGACAUCCCUUUCAACCAUGGACUCACAACAAAGAGAAAUCAUUAAGAACGGCUUGGCAACACAUGUAGUCACAGGCAUCCUUUACGGGGCACAUGCUUUCUUUGUAUUUGACAGUGAGAAGCUAGAAGCCAGCAGCGUGAAGGACAAACAGAUCAGCAUGAAAGCUGUGAUUAAGAAGAUUCCUGAUUUUAAUGUUCAGGGGAAAGGUGACAUCAAGCUGAAUGAAGCAGAAAAAGCCCUGACAAAGACUUUCUCCUGCAAAUUCUAUGGAGACUUUAUUCUUGAGAGCAACCCUGCAACAUUUGAGGACGCAGUGAAGACCUAUGCACAGCUUCCACAGCUACUAGGGAAAAAUGGAGAGAAUGCGGUUCCUGUCAAGGUUUGGCUGAUGCCGCUGAAGAAUUUGGACUCCGAAGCCGCUGAGCUGAUGAAUGGGAUCAGUGUUGGACUAGUGAGGAGGGCGCAGGACACACUAGAAGAUUUAAGGGAUAUAGGGAUUAGGUGCAAUGACUCUCUGGAAGACAGUGUGGUAGAGAAGUUUCAACACAUUCAAGAAGAGUUGAGCACUUUUCAAAAACUGUGUGGCAAUUACACAUCUAAACUCCAGAGGACCAUGGCAGACAAACUUCCCUCCAUUCGUGAAGGUAAAGAUGAUGAGAGCUCGGUUGAACAACUCUUUGAAGACAGAGACAAGUCGCUAUUCAAUCAUGAAACACUAAGCAAGUGGCUAAAUUGUAAAGAGAGAGAAAUCAAUGUCAUCAGAUCCUGUGUGGACACCAUGAAAGAAGCAAAGAUCAUCCUGAAUCAGUCAGAGCUGGACCGAGAGGUUCUCGCUCCAGGUGUAGAGCAUGUUCUGUGUUUUGUUUUCACCUCCAUGGAAAGCGGUGACACCAGCUUAAACUCUCUCAAAUUAGGAAGUAGUGAUGAAGACCAGUGGUACUCCUCAGAUAGUGUUUUAAUCCAAAUGAGAAAAAAAGCUGAAGCUUUCCGUGACGUUGUCAAAGCACUAAAGAAGAACUGCAGAUUCCGUUUCCUUGUAGCAGCCAUAAAAAAUAAAAAAUACUCAGGAGCAACCAUCUACCACUACAAGGACGGUAUUCUGGACACAGAAGAUUUUUCAAGGCCUGACCUCCCUGAUGUGAAGACCAUCACAGACCGAAGUGAUCUGAUCUGGUAUUCAUGUGAUCUCACCCUGGACCCAAACACUGCAAACAACUACAUCAUAUUGUCUGAAGGCAACAAGAAGGCAACAUGUGGAGCGUGGCAGACAUAUCCUGAUCACCCAGAGAGGUUCAGUAAAUACCCUCAGGCACUGUGCAAAGAGGGGUUAUAUAAGCGCCAUUACUGGGAGGUAGAGUUGAGCACUGGUUCUAUUGAAUCUUCUUAUGUUGCUGCUUCAUACAAGAGAAUCGAAAGAAAAGGAAGUGGUCCAGAGAGCGUUUUGGGAUCUAAUACCAUAUCGUGGACUUUUGGCCAAUAUUUGUCAUCGAAGUUACGCUCACUUAGGGCAUGGCAUAAUGGUAUGGUGUGGGAAAUUCCUUUUCCCUCCAGUGGCUGCAAUGUGAUUGGGGUGUUUCUGGACUGGCCUGCAGGUACUAUGUCCUUCUACAAAGUCUCCUCUAACACACUGAGUCACCUCUACACAUUUCGCAACACAUUCACUGAGCCUGUUUACCCAGGCAUUUGGGCUAAUAAAUAUUCCAAUUACGUGCACCUACGUCCACUUGAUUAAGAGCAAUGAAGAAGAACUGUUGGAUUCUCUGUCUGUUGAAAUGAAUCAGGGUUUACUUUAAAGGUGUUGUAUACGACAUUCAGAGCAUUAUUGUGGUUAUGCUCCCUCCGAGCUCCCAGCUCAGACUCUGGAUCUUAGAUAUGGUCUGAAUGUCACAUGCAGCUCCUUUAAAGAACAAUGCAACAACCCAUUUUAAAACUGCUGUAUGUAACUCUGGACAAAGAUAGCUGAUUCUUAUGGACGCUUUGGGUUGGUAGUUGGGUGUAACUACCAGCCCCAGAUUGUCGGUACUUGAUGACCUGGGAGUGAGACACAACAAUUAACUAUCUUUUUACAGAGUUAAAUACAGCACCUUUAACAAAUCUAAAAAAAGUAUUUAAACCCAGAGGGACAAGGACAAUUACUGAUACAAUGAACUGACAGUUUCUGUAAUUUUCUGUUUGUCAAGUUGACCGCAUGCAGUCUUCUACUCAAACUGGUGCUUCACAGUGUCACCAUCAGUUUAAUAUCUAUGUGCUUCAGCUACCACUGAGGAAAAAAAUACGUAUGAUGCAAAAUUCUGAUGCAGAACGACCUCAAUCACUGUUCAGCUGGACUGAUACUGAUGCAUCACUGUGUAUGCCAUUUUUAAUGUUCUCGCUGGUUUCAGUAAAGCUAUUUUUUUGCUACUGUAUAUACUGUUAGGCAGCGUAAUCUACAACAGUACAUCAUGUUUUAUAAAAUUAUCAUUUGUUUUGCAUAUAAAAUGUUAACCUGUGGACUUACAACACUACAAUACUGUCCUCUGAAAUGUAUCAAAAUACAUGUAAAUGUACCUAUUUACUUUACAUCACUAAAACUAUGGUCUGUUGUGGCUGGAUAACAUGUGGAUUGUAUAAAUGUUGACCUGAAUCAUGUCGAUGAAAGUCAGCAAACUUCUACAGUGGAGCAGUAGAAAGCAUACUGACUUGAAACAUCAUGAACUGGCAUGGUUCUUGCACGGCCCAGGACAGGAAGGCUCUACAGUGGUCGAUUAAAAAUGGCCAGAACAUCACUGG